CCAUCUCUAGUUACAAUCACAUUAGAAUUCUGAAUAUCCUCUGACAUUAACAUUAGCAAACAAACUGGGCUUCGUGACAUGCGUUUUCAAAGCUGAGCAGUUGUCUAUAUUGCGUAUUUAAAAUAUUUUGUCAUAACUUGGUAGGCAGCAUGCUAGUGGGUUUGAUUAAAUGUUCAUUUAAACGGUUUAAAGGAACUGUCCUGUUUACUCAGCAUUGUCUGUUCUACCUGUCCUGUUGUACCAGCAUCUUGUAGGGAGGCUUAUUGGAAAGCAAGGUCGAUAUGUGAGUUUCCUAAAGCAGAACUCUGGAGCAAAGAUCUACAUUUCUACCUUGCCUUAUACACAGGAGUUCCAGAUUUGUCACAUAGAAGGGACACAGCAGCAGGUUGACAAAGCCCUGUCGUUGAUUGGGAAGAAAUUUAAAGACCUGGACCUCAACAAUCUAUAUGCUGCACCACCACCUCCACUUACAUUACCAUCUCUUCCCAUGACUUCAUGGCUUCUCCUUCCAAGUGGAGUCACAGUUGAAGUGAUAGUGGUGAACAUCGUGUCAGCUGGUCACGUCUUUGUCCAGCAACACACCCACCCCACGUACCAUGCCUUGCGAAGCCUUGACCAGCAGAUGUUCCUUUGCUACUCACAGCCAGGCACCCCUGCCUUGCCCUCACCUGCUGAAAUUGGUGUGAUCUGUGCAGCUCCUGCAGUUGAAGGAGCCUGGUGGAGAGCUCAGGUCAUCACCUUCUACAAAGAAUCAAAUGAAGUGGAGAUCAGAUACGUUGACUAUGGAGGCUAUGACAGAGUUAAGAUUGACUCACUACGGCAAAUAAGGUCUGACUUUGUGACACUACCAUUUCAAGGUGCUGAAGUAUUACUCGACAACAUUGCACCACUACCAGGAGAGGAUCGUUUUUCAGCUGAGGCCACAUCAGAGCUGGAGGAAAUGACCAGAGGAGUCCCAUUGCUUGCGCAGGUCUCCAGCUAUGAUAACAACACAGGCCUCCCGCUGGUCCACCUGUGGAACAUGGUUGGAGAGGAGGUUAUAUCUGUGAACCGUACACUGGCAGAGAGGGGCCUGGGUGUUUGGGUGGAUGGAUUUUGAACUUGCAUGGUCUCUCAACUUCAUCAAACAGUUCACUUGACCUAAAAAAACUAAAAAACAAAAAUUCCCUCCUCUCAUGCUAUUGCCCCUUCUCCUCCUUCCCCUCCUUUAAAAAGAAAUGCAUUGUUUGCAGGUAUCAUGGACAUGAUGAACAAGAACAUAACGCUACUUUAAUAUGACAGCCUUCCAUUUUUGUUCUUGCGUUAAAAUAGGAGAAAGGAAUUUGUCUUUUAAAAAAAAACAAAAAACCUUUUGCACACGGACAGUGGAUCGAGUGUGAAAGGACAGGUACCUGCAUCAGUCUAAUGUAGUCAUCUGUAGGUUAGUGCAUUUCAAAGCUGCCUGGCUUGUUGCCUGGAGUGAAAGUGGGGGGACACAAAGCUUACAGCACUGCAAAGUGUAGAGAUGGUCAGACAGUGUUCCCUGUGGGAGCACUGAGCUAAUCUACCCGGCCCUGCGGCCUCAGAGCUCGGACUUCUCUCUGGUCUCCUUUAGCAAGGACAGAGGAACUACCUUGUUGCUUUUUGCUUUGUUUUUCUCCAUGAAGCUGAUUUGCAAUACCAAAUAAUGACCAUAAAUGACCUACCAUACAAAA